ACUUCAGUAUCCCGGUGUGUGUCUGUGUGUGUGUUGAGGAAGCGUCAAACUGAAAGUGUUGGACACCUUAGCCUCUGGACAAGUAAGCAAAGUAAGUUCCUCUUGCGCUAAGUUAUAUCCUAAUAUUUUAUUAUAAACACCAAUACUGUUCUGUUACGACAGUUUAAGAGGAUACCUUCAGUUCUUUUGGUUUAAAGCCAGCUAACUAUCUUUCUUCGUGGUGAACAGGUCAGCUAGCAUGCUAACAAACUAGCAUGUUCAUUUAUUGCAGAUUCAUUCAGCUCUGUCUGCUGAUCUUAAUGCUGUAAAACACAAAGGAAACGGACUCUUGGCGAUUUAUACUGUUAAUAGGUGUGAAAAUGUUCAGAAAUUGACCUUUGGAAUUUAGUUUUACAAUUUAUGCACAGUUUUGGGAUAUUGAUUGUCUUUUAUGUGAAGUAAAGAUAAUACAGACCUUUACCUCUGUUUGACUUCAGAUGUUUGAUUCAUGAUGUUUCACCUGUUUGUUUUUUACAGGACAGAUCCAGUGGAGUGAAAAAUGGUAUGUGAUCUAUCUCAUGCAUGUUUAUCUUAUAUCACUGCGUGUUUAUAUUUGUCCUUAUUCUGAUUAUUCUUUCCUCUCUCUUUGUGGUUCAGUCUCGACGGUAUGAUUCCCGGACAACAAUAUUCUCUCCUGAGGGUAAGAUCCACCUCUGUUAGACCACUGGUGACCUAUGUUGAAAGAAAUUACCAUCCAUUUAUAAUCCCAAAUGUCCAGUUUUCUUCUCUUUGCUUUGUUAUAAACUCCUGAUAUGUCCUGUGUGGUAGUAAACCAUGAGUUAGAUUUUAAAGUUUUGUUUGUUUAUCUUUUGAGGUUAAUGCUUUUUGAAAAAUUGAGACAAAAUUAUCUUAUUUGCGCCUUAAGUUCUGUAGUACUUCAAUAAUGGAUGCUGGUGUGAUUCCCAGCCACGGUCCUUUGCCCAAUGGCUUUUCUCACGCUCCACAGUUACUCUCUCAAGAGAGUUCCUAACUAAAAUAGGUAAAAAUUUCCUCAAAUCAGAGCUUACAAAAUCCCCCAGAUUUUAUUCAUUUGUCCAAUAACUUGCACAACUGCUCUAUGGUCUCUCUUUAUUCAGCCAGUUCGUUCAGAUAUAUGUCCCUUAGAGUUGUCAUUGCUGCUUGCAUAAAAUGAUUCAUAUAACAUUUUAGGUGUGGGUAUUGGCAAGGACCUCACAGUACGAUGCGUAUCAUGAUACAUGUGUUACGAUUCAAUAUGAUAUGAUAUAAUACAGUAUUGCUCAUGAUACAAGACACAUCACAAUAUAGUAAUAAUAUUUCAUGGUAUUUAAUAUUGUUUAUCAGUCAAAAACACGAGUUGCUGUAAAUGAGGAUAUUGAUCCAAGGACAAACUUAGUCAAAACUUUGUUUCAAACAAUAAAUACCAUUUUGUUUGACUGCAUAAGUGCUACUUAUGCCAAUUUGAAAAAAAAAAUGAUACUUGGUAAAUGUGACGAUAAGAUUUAUCGCCAGACAAAAUAUUGCGAUACUAUGCUGCAUCGAUUUUUUUCUCCUAGCCCCAUUAUCUUUGCUGCUGCUGCAUUUUACAGGACGCCUGUAUCAGGUGGAGUACGCCAUGGAAGCAAUUGGUCAUGCUGGAACAUGUCUGGGGAUUCUUGCUAAUGAUGGAGUGCUGUUAGCAGCAGAGAGACGCAACAUCCACAAACUACUCGACGAGGUUUUCUUCUCUGAGAAAAUCUACAAACUCAAUGAGUGAGUGAAAUAAAACUGUUUCUUUUUCAGCAAGUGCAUAAUUCUUAUCAUACAGACCGUAGAAGCCUCUCCUUUUUACUGUGUGUUCAUUCUUGUGUGUUAAUUUCUAUUUCAGUGACUUGGCUUGCAGUGUUGCUGGAAUCACAUCAGAUGCAAAUGUUCUCACAAAUGAGCUGCGGCUUAUUGCACAGAGGUGAGUUUCAGAUACAAGCGCCUCCAAAUGAGGCUGUGGAUAUUUGAAAUUGUUUUUUAUUUGAAUAUAUAAAUGAGCAAACCAAAAAUUUUUCUUCAGAUAUUUGUUGCAGUACCAGGAGCCGAUACCCUGCGAGCAGUUGGUGACAGCUUUGUGUGAUAUCAAACAGGCAUACACACAGUUUGGAGGUAUGAUGUUUAACUGUCUCCUUGUCAAGAUUAUAAUUCCCCUGCUGGUAAUGGAUUCAAACAGGCACCAAUGUUUCUCUUGAGAAAGCAAUGGGAGUGUUCUUUCCUUUUGUAUAAACACACAGUGGCAUUUUGUAACCGCUUUGUGGUUUAUGUAAACAGGCAAGAGACCGUUUGGUGUUUCUCUGCUCUACAUGGGCUGGGACAAACACUAUGGCUUCCAGUUGUACCAGAGUGACCCCAGUGGCAACUACGGAGGCUGGAAGGCAACCUGCAUCGGCAACAACAGCACUGUAAGUCUGAAAGGAUGCAUAUACAGCGAAUCAGUGAGAUGACUUUAACAUGACUCCAAUUAGUAUUAUUGGCUGUUUUGCACUUGUGGUUUGGAUCUGCUGAUAAUGUUGCUGUCUGUAUUUAUUUUAUUUUAUUACAAUGCAACACUUGCGCCAGUAGAGUCAGUCUAGUGCAAAAUUUUAGAUAUCUGAGCUAUUUUCAGUUAAAUUUAGAGGUUGCAAUAAUAAAUUAUCUAUCAUGGAUAUUCGUCCAUAUCAUCUUCAGCUGUGGGGUGUUUCAUGUGUUGACUUGUUUCACUCCAGGCUGCAGUGUCCAUGUUGAAGCAGGACUACAAAGAGGGAGAGAUGACUCUGUCGUCUGCUUUAGCUUUGGCUGUCAAAGUCCUCAACAAAACAAUGGAUGUCAGCAAGCUCUCAGCAGAGAAAGGUGAGGUUCAGAAAUGCUUCUACAGUAUUGUUAUUGGUUUACUGCAAAAUAAAAACAUGAGUUUGUAUUGUUUGUCCAUUUACUAAAAUACACAAACUCAAACUUCACUCUCAAACUUUCAAACGUAGAAAAUUCUCCUUUUACAGUAGACAUUUAAGUUGAAUUUACUACAACAGUUAUUGUGGAUAAUGUUUUUUUAACUACCUUUUUGCAAAAGAUCUUUUAAGUCCAUCUAUACUAUUAAAUAACAAAGUUUUACAUUUUCUUCACUGCUUUAGUGGAAAUUGCCACCCUGACAAGAGAGGAGGGGAAAACAAGAAUCAAAGUGCUGAAACUGAAAGAAGUAGAGGAGCUCAUUAAGAAGCACGAAGCGGAGGAGGCCAAAGCUGAGAAAGAAAAAAAGGAGAAGGAGCAGAAGGAAAAGGACAAAUAAACACAGUGACAUUUUCUUCCAUGUAUUCUUUUGUAUUUUACAUUAAAAGUCAGAAUCUAUUGACA